UAUUUUAUGUUUAAGAGUUAAUAUAUUUCAAAAUUUGUAUAAAUCUCAUUUAGUUAUAUCUUGUAUGGAUAUUUUUCGCGUUUUCGACAUUACUGUUUUGAGAUUAAGCCCAAAAGUCUAAAAAAUAAAACCAAAAGAAACAAAAAAGAUUAAAGAGAUACGGAUCCACUUUUCGAAAGUUCUAUUUUGAGAAGAAAAUGUGCACUUUGCGCCUUUUGACUUCUUCCCUUUUCCAGCAGCGUCCUUUCUAUUUGACGGUCAAUCGCUUAGCCAGCUGUAGAAGCUUUCCCGUUCCCUUGGCAAAUGCCGAUGGCUUUGAUGUUGACGAAAUGAGGGACCAGAAAUUUUCCUUUGACCCCUGUGCACCCAUUCUGUGCAAUCGCAGUUCAGAUCUAUUUUUCAUGCCACGUAGCGUGGGACCAGCCUAUCAUGGUCUGAUGACUACUGCCGAUGACUUUGCUAAAGUUAGUAAUAACAGUUUCAAGCAUAACGGGAAAAAAUCACAUAAGGAAAUGCAACAGCUACCACUACUCCAAAUAAUCGUGUGCCCCCGUUUGUUGUCGUUGUGCAUUGAGGAUGUGUUCACCCAUUCGAAUGGAGUAUUCGUUGAUGUGGAUAACUAUUGCAUACUGAAUUUAUAUUUUGACACCGAUAUUAAUAGCGCCAUCAAGCAAUUUGUUCUAAAGGCUACACAAUAUUCGCUGGCAAUAGCCUUUAAAGGAUAUUGGGCAGAUUUUAUAAAUCCAUUCACAGGACGUCCGAAUUUUCAUCAGGACAAGCGUAAGGCAAACGAGGUGAAAACUCGCCUUUUUCAUAAUAUGGAUAUAAACAAGACCAAACCAGGCUGCACUAUUAUGGAGGAGACACCGGAAUAUAGUUUCAUUGGCACCAUUGUCACCGAUGCUCCGUACAGUGUCAUGCAGAGUUGGUGGCACUUUCCUACACAAUAGUGAAAUGAAAAUGUGUCCCCUACCUCCCCCCAUCCACGUAUUUACCUAAUUUUGAUCGCCAAUUUAUAUAUACAUACGUCCUGAGAAAUUUUGUGAUCCCCAUCCACUAAACGAACAAUAUUCACAUCCACAUACACAUACACACACAUGCACACGAAUACCCGCGCUGUUUUUAAGAGGUUUAAGAAUUCAUUCAACUGUGGAUCGGAGUCAACAGAGGUCCAUACCAUCCUUUCACCACCCACCACCACCUGAUAAUCGGCAACUUUUAGGAAGUCUAAAUUCAUGAAAUUUUUGAGUGAUAUAUCAAAGUUUUACUCAUAAGACUGGCCUUAAAUAAGUUGAAAUUCACUUGAUUAUAUACUUUAAUACUUCAAAAUAAAUUACAAAGGAACUGAUGAUAUGGAA